GGCACUCGGGCAGGGUAGGUAUACACCAGAAAACACAGGGCGAGUUCCCCGAGUCAAAACACAGUCGCAUAAUCAAACAGCAAGCAACGGCGGAGCCGGAGCCCGAGUGUUGGAUGAUAUUAUCGUACCAACGACCGAGGGCGCUGGCUUUGGAAUUACGAUCUCAAAUAACCAGAAGGACGUUCGUUUCUUCAAUGGAGACAAACGCAAACUUUAAAAUCCCCCAAACGAAAGAUUAUUCUCACUAUAACCACACUGAUUCUUGCAAGUCUUCCAGAUGGACUUCUAGGGAAUCUUAUGUGUUCAUGUAUGGGAGACCAUGGCAAAAUGUGAUCAACUUUUACUCAGAUGUGGUUAAUGGUCGGAUUACAUUGCUUCAGUUGUUUGGAGCCAAGACACAUCACAUUCCAGAUGAUAAUAGUCUAGACCCUUCUGAUGAAUCUGAAUAUGUUAUUACUCCAUCACAAAAACGAGCUGGAAGGUGGGCCCGAAUGAAUUAUAAGAUAGUUGUUUCAUACCAUGGAGGAUCCUUUGAUGGAUGGCAAAAGCAACCAGAGUUGAAUACUGUUCAAGAGGUGAUUGAAAAGUCUCUUGGGAAGUUUGUUGAUGAAAGGAAAGCUGCAUUAUUGAGGGAUAAAGGUCUUCCUCUUGAAGCCAAUGUUGUAGUUGCUGGAAGAACUGAUAAAGGGGUGACUGGUUUUCAACAAGUCUGCUCUUUCUAUACGUGGAGAGAGGAUAUUAAGCCUCAAGAUAUUGAAGAUGCCAUUAACAGCAUAACACCAGGAAAGCUUAGGGUCAUAUCUGUUUCUAAGGUCCCACGAACAUUCCAUCCUAAUUUCUCUGCAAAAUGGAGGCGAUAUUUAUAUAUCUUUCCUUUGAAUGAUGGGGAAACUGAUGAAGAAGAUUCUAAUAACCAAGAAAACAACAUUAUUGGUGAAAAAAGUUUUAAAAAAUCUUCAUUUGAUGAUGAAAAUGAAAAAGAUGAUGAGGAAAAUAUACAAAAACCAACAAGGUUUAAAGUUAGUAAGGUCAACAAGCUUCUUCAACAAUUAGAAGGGAAAUUAUUAUCUUACAAGAUGUUUGCACGUGAUACAAAACCCUCAAGAAACACUGGUCCUCCAACUGAGUGUUUUGUGUUCCAUGCGCGGGCCACACAAGUAACUUUAACCAUUGAUGCAAAGAAAGGAGAAUAUACAAAGGCAAUGUGCAUCGAAUUGGUUGCUAAUCGUUUUUUACGCAAGAUGGUUCGUGUGCUUGUGGCAACAUCAAUAAGAGAAGCGGCGGCUGGAGCUGAAGAUGAUGCGCUGAUAAAAUUGAUGGAUGCCACGUGUCGACGUGCCACGGCCCCACCAGCACCCCCUGAUGGCCUUUGUCUUUUUGAUGUUGGCUAUAAAGAUUUUGAUUCACAAAUUUGCUUAAUCGUUUAAGUUGUAACAUAAUAUUCAAAUAUUUUUAACCAUUAAUUAUAUGGAAAAACUUUAUCUAGACAA